AAAGGAAACGGUACGAGCCAGUCAGAGAGAAGUGGCAGCAGAGGAGUCCGGAGCGCAGCGCGGACGCGUCUUCUUCUCUCCUCCCCCUUCAGACCCCGCCGCUGCACUCCAUCUCUCCCUCUUUUCCGAGCUCUCCCUGUCUCUCUCUCUCCCCCGCUCUCUCCCCCUCUCCCUUUCUUAAAUUGACAUUGGUCUGGCUCGAAACAUGAUAACAGAAAAGCCUUCCUCCGCUCCGCGUUGUCGGGCUGUCCUCAACCCCGAUCACUUGAAACUCAAAUAAGCAGGCGUUCUUAGGGGAAAAAAAGAGGAUCGCACACUAUUCUGUCAGCUGGUGCUCAGAGGGAAUAACAAGAAACCUUUAUACCACACUCACACACCCUUGUAUGUGCUCUUGCGCAUCGUAGAAAGUGCUCGUGUUGAACUACAGUGAAAGUUAACAUGUAUAUGCACGCUUUCAUACGCGCAAGCCUUGGAUUUGUAGGUUUCUGCCUGGUCGCCUUUGUCCAACAGUCAGCUUCAGGAAGUAAAACCACUCAAGAUGUGGAUGAAUGUGCAGAGGCGCUUGACAACUGCAGCAUCGAUGCCAUCUGCCAGAACACCCUGAAGUCAUACAAAUGCAUCUGCAAGUCAGGCUAUAAAGGCGAUGGCAAGCAUUGUGAAGAUGUUGAUGAGUGUGCAACUGAUUACAACGGCGGCUGUGUUCACGAGUGCAUCAACAUCCCGGGAAAUUACAGGUGCACAUGCUAUGAUGGCUUCCGCUUGGCACACGAUGGACACAACUGUCUGGAUGUGGACGAGUGCUCUGAAGGCAACGGUGGAUGCCAGCAGAUUUGUGUCAACAUGAUGGGCAGCUACGAGUGCCGCUGCAGAGAAGGAUUCCUCCUGAGUGACAACCAGCAUACCUGUAUCCAAAGGCCUAAAGUGCAACCAGAAGGCACUAAAGAGGGACCCACCUGCAUGGACAAGAAUCAUGGGUGCGCACACAUCUGCAGGGAAACGCAGAAAGGUGGCAUCUCCUGUGAGUGUCGACCUGGAUUCCAGCUCACCCGUAACAUGAAGGACUGCAAAUUGACAUGUAACUACGGUAACGGCGGUUGCCAGCACAUCUGCGAGGAGACGGACCACGGCCCAAAGUGUUCCUGUCACAUGAAGUUUGUCCUGCACAGCGAUGGAAAAACUUGUGUAGGGGAGAGGAGUGUCCAGUCCCAGGCAGCCCCACAGCUGUUCCCUAAUGAGACCUGUGCAGUGAACAAUGGCGGCUGUGAUAGCACAUGUCAUGAUUCAGUGACAGGAGUCCGCUGCAGCUGUCCUGUUGGCUUCACUCUGCAGCCAGACCGCAAGACCUGCAAAGACAUUGACGAGUGCCGUCUGAACAAUGGGGGGUGUGAUCAUGUGUGUCGAAACACAGUGGGCAGCUUCGAGUGCAGCUGCAAGAAAGGCUACAAGCUGCUAACCAAUGAGAGGACUUGUCAAGACAUUGACGAGUGCUCUUUCGACCGUGCUUGCGACCACUUUUGUGUCAACUCUGCCGGCAGUUUCCAGUGUCUUUGUCAUAAAGGCUACGUCCUGUACGGGCUGGCACACUGUGGAGAUAUUGAUGAAUGCAGUAUAAACCGUGGAGGUUGUAAAUACGGCUGCAUCAACACUCUGGGGAGCUACGAGUGUACCUGUCCGCCAGGGUACAAGCUGCACUGGAAUAAGAAGGACUGUAUUGAGCUGGUGAAGUGUCCUCCUGGACUGAUAGCACCAAAAGCCACUCUGACCUGCAGCAAGACGGGCAAGAAAGAGAGCUGCUCUCUUACAUGUGCUUCUAAGGCUCACUAUCUGGCAGAGUCUGAUAACAGCUACUCAGUCAGUUGUGGGAUCCCCAUUCUCAGAGGGAAGUCCCCCGCCAGGCUCAACUCCAGCAGCAGUCAGAGCUGCAUAGAGACUUUGGCCCCUCCAGUGAAGCAGACAGCAUCUUUCAAGAUUAAAAACGCCAAAUGUCACCUGCAUCCUAAACUGACGGGCAGAACGGAGGACAGGGGGCGGACACUGGGACCAGGUGGAGGGCAACCCUGCAGCAACUGCCUGGUAACAUUUGUGAACCUCAAAUGUGACUCCUCCAAGAAAGCUAAAGGACGACGUGCUCGAAACCCCUCUAACAAAGAGGUGACGCGCAUUACUUUGGAGCUGGAGGCUGAGGUCAAACCUGGAGACACUACAGGCAGUUGCAAUCUCAGCUGCCUGAGACAGCGCAUGGAGAAGCAGGUCAAGACUUAUAUCAAGGCUCUGAAGAAGUCCAUCAACCAGGAGCGCUUCCUAAUCCGAGUCGCUGGUUUGGAAUACGAGGUGGCCCAAAAGCUUCCCCAGGCUACCCCCAUUCCAGAGAACUGUGGCCCAGGGUGGGAGAGGGACAGUGGCAGAUGUGUCAGAUGUUUGCCAGGGUCGUAUUACCACGGUGAGCAGGAGCGCUGUGUCCAGUGUCCACCCGGCACUUUCCAGGAGAAAGAGGGGCAGCUGGCCUGUGAUCUCUGCCCUGGCAGUGAUGGCCAUGGGCCUGUCGGGGCACGAAACAUCUCCUCCUGUGCAGGUCAGUGUCCAACAGGGUACUUCUCCAGCGAUGGUUUCAAACCUUGUCAGCCGUGUCCUCAGGGCAGCUACCAGCCAGAUUUGGGCCGGACCCUCUGCUUCCCCUGUGGGGGAGGACUGAGCACCAAGCGGGAAGGUGCCAGCUCCUUCCAUGACUGUGAAGUCAAAGUCCAAUGUUCUCCAGGUCAUUACUACAAUACCACGGUACACCGGUGUAUCCGCUGCCCAGUCGGGACCUAUCAGACAGAGUUUAGACAGAACUACUGCAUUUCCUGUCCAGGAAACACCACCACUGAUUUCGAUGGUGCCACAAGUGUCUCACAGUGCAAGAACAGGCAAUGUGGUGGUGAGAUGGGCGAGUUCAUGGGCUACAUUGAGUCACCUAACUAUCCUGGUAAUUACCCCGCUAAUGUGGAGUGUAUUUGGAACAUCAAUCCGCCCAGUAAGCGCAAAAUCCUAAUCGUAGUUCCAGAGAUUUUCCUGCCCUCAGAGGAUGAGUGUGGAGAUGUGCUGGUCAUGAGGAAGAACUGGUCGGCUACGUCUAUCACCACCUAUGAGACGUGUCAGACCUACGAGCGGCCCAUCGCCUUCACAGCUCGAUCCAGACGCCUCUGGAUUAACUUUAAGUCCAAUGAGGUCAACAGCGCCAGAGGCUUUCAGAUCCCCUACGUUACUUAUGAUGAGGACUACGAACAGCUCGUAGAGGACAUAGUGCGAGAUGGACGGCUCUACGCCUCAGAAAACCAUCAAGAAAUCCUCAAGGAUAAAAAACUGAUUAAGACUCUUUUUGACGUGCUGGCUCACCCAAACAACUACUUUAAGUACACCACUCGGGAGUCCAAUGAGAUGCUGCCCCGCUCCUUCAUACGUCUCAUAAGCAGCAAAGUCUCUGCUUUCCUGCGACCAUACAAGUAAAAGUCAAGCAGCUGCUGAUGUGCCGGAUCACGACCCCUCCACCACCACCACCAAAACCCCCGUCCCCCACCCUUUACCCAGACGUCCCCCUCCAUCUUACAGGCCCACGACUCUCACAGGACUUAAAAAACACAAAACAUCCUAGUAUGUUUACUCUUCUUAUUUUUCAUAGGCUUUGACGAUAAACACUAUGCAGACCUGAGAUAUAUUGAACACCGUUUGUGUUGUAGGUUUCCUUGUUUUGUCAGUUUCCAUUCAUCACAGGUCCGCGAUCCCGAGCAUUUUAGUGGGGAUGUACAGUAUGUGAGUGGGUUUGGUUUCUAUUGUGAUGUGCAAUGGAAUCACAGAAAACAACAGUAGAAACGCCUAUUUCAGGCAGUAGGAGUGACAUUUUGUGUGUGGUUUGAGCUUGAUAGAGCUUGUUGUUGUGUUUGCUUAAAGGAGCGGUCUGAGCUCCAACUCCAACCAUUAAGUAUGACUGUGAGUGUUGUGCAAGUGUUGUGUAACUCUGGUUCCAUCUUCGGUGUCUGUGUGUUGUCCUCGAGGAGGAGCAGUUGUAAAAUGAAUAUUGCGGCUGCGUUCCAGGUCAUUUAAAGCCCGGCUAGAUGUGCGCUCUUAGAGCAGUUUCCAAGGGUUUUACUGUUAAAACAGUUAAUCUAUGUUUUGCUCUGUCUGUUUAGACUGUACCAGCGUUUUCCAACCUUCAGAUAAUUUCUGUUGCUCUUUUUUCCAAGUCAACUUAAAGCAAAUACAAAAUGGUGGUUUAUCAUUCUAGGAACAAAGUGGGCGUUUGGGAGAUAAACUAAUAAUUGUGAGAGCCACAGAAAUGAGAUAAUGUGAUGUCUAGUGGAACAUGUCUCAGAGAGAGAGAGAAAUGUCUUUGAGGGACAUUAUGUUUGCUGCUUCUUUUAAAAGGUCACUUUAAUUCUUCAAUCUCAUAUUGUCUUUCUGAUGUACUCUACACACUAAUAAUCCGUAGGUUUAAAACAAAGGGAAGCUCCGAACCUGAAAUACUUAAGUUCUUACAUCCAGUAAGCUGAUAAUGUCACAUUGCCUGUCUGUGGACUACCAGUUUUAUUGUGUUUUUAUUUGUCUUGUAAAUAAUGAAAAUAAAUUAGACGAGGGUUGAGUUCUUUAAUCCUAAUUUGCUGAUGCAGGACCCCCAAAAUCACUUUCUGCCCCCGAUGCCCCACCUGUCUCAAAUCCAAAGACACCUGAUCCCUGCCCCAUUCACAUUUUGUUCUGUCCCAAUGAAGACAGCUCUUCCAAAGACCGUCCAAAACGGGCGGGUCAAGUUGUUUUGUGCACUAGAUUUAGAGCCCGUCAUCCUUCCUUUUAGUACAAAGUGCAAUGAAUGAAAAUGGCACACAUUCAUUUUGGUUACACCCUAUUGGAACCCUUCCCUCCUCCAAUGAAACUUGCAAAAUGUGUUUUGGGCUGCGACUCAUUGUAUAAAAUAUUUAUCAGUCAUUACGGACAGAACAUGUUUAGUCUUAAGUACUCUUAAAGAAAUACAAAAAAAUAAGUCUUAAAAUGUAAUUAAAAAAUGAGUAUUUGGUGUGUAAAAAAAAGUAUUCUUUGUGAUUUCAAAAGAGGAACCAAAACAGGGUAAAAAUAAUUUAAGUUUAGUGAAAAGAAAAACAAUUUAUUUCAUGUUAGGAUAAAGGAAUGUUCCAACUUUUAGUGAAAUCUGUUUAUUGCCUUUCUAUUGAGUUACUGCCAUGCAUCUAUAAAUAUCAGUCUGCAGCCAGCUGAGUGUUAGCUUGGCAUGGAACUAUUUUCAAAGGUCACAAUGAGAGUUCUUUGUGGACUACUUUUGCAUGCGUCCACUUGAAAUAUAAUCUUAAAUUCCUUCUGAUCUAUUCGAACAGUUUGAUCCAGUCCAGUUAUAGAACACCGCUUUUUUAAAAGAAACACUCUGCAAAUACUAUAGAACAUACGGCACAUUGUGUGAUGCAUUCAUUGCUCAAUAUUUAUUUUAAAAGUCUGAUCUUAGGUCUGUCUGUUUGUGAUGGUGCAACUGUGGCUGAAUAUAUGGUUACUGUCCAGACUUUGAUGCUGGGGCUCAAUCUGUGGUGCAGCUGAUGUGUCCAACUAUUGCUGUUUGAACCUGUGGUGCUUCUUUGGCAGAUGUGUUUGUUUCUGUCAGAAUUCUGUAAUGCAGCAGCUUCAGUACUACUCUCAGACAGCAAAACUGGUACUGUGCAAACACAAUGCUGCCCAAACAGUCACUGUUACAACCAUUAAAAACUAAUGUCUCUGCCAAAAUCAUAACAAUGGCUGCAGCCACAGUGACAGCUAUGUCAUCCCAAAACUGCUUCAUACAGUCAGAGAGCUGCUGAACCAGCUAGUUUUCUAUCUUAAUGCAGCGAUGCAGAGUGUAUCUGAGCAGCCACGGUUCUGGGUGCUGAGGGGAUGAUGUAGCUGUCCCUGUUUAGUCACCGAUGUGCCUUGGUCAUUAUGAUUCAGGCUGUGGCAUGCUUUUAAUGGUUGUAAUUGUGAGGGUGCAGUGAUUGUUUUGCUGGCUGAGCGUUGUAUUGAGGCUUCUAUAUUCUUGGAAGGAAAAAAAAUGCAAAUAAGCACAGCAGGUUCAAAUUGUUAACAGCGGUACAUCGCGACACCAUAGCUGGAAACACAGCAGCAGUCAUAGUCCCAGCAGUAACCAUCUAUCCAGCUACACCUUCACCAUCACAGCAGGCAGAGCAACUACUCCUACAGCCAGCAGCUGGAUAGUAUCAUAGAUCUGUCUUUUAAAAAGAAUAAUGAGUAAUAAACACGUCAUAUAAAAUGUAACAUCAUCUCUACUUUCUCUGAUUUGGCAGAGUUUUGUAACUGGACUGGAUCAUCCCACAAACUGUUCAUAUGGAUCAGGAGGAAUUAAAGCAUCCUGUGAAUGAACACAAGUUUUUGGGAGGUAACAAAUAAAGUAGCGUCAGCGUGACCCUUGUGGGACUCUGUAGCUCCUUCAUUUUUACAGUCUGUCAUAAGGGGGACUUUAUGAUAAACUGUAACAAGAGAAAAUCUAUCUUGGCUCAGUCCAAAAACAUCAAAAUCUGUCUGUUGAACCUCUAAAGCUCAAAAUUAAACAUGUCUGGUUUUUAGAGCAGACUUGGGUGCUUUUAAUUAUGCUGACUUUUGUCUUUUCAAUUCCUGUGAUCCAGAAAUCUCUUCUCCUUCCUGCUCUUCCAUCAGUCAGGAUCUUUCAGUCCCUUAAAAUGGGUCUCUUAGUUACUUUGCAGUUGGUUUGUCUGAGGUGCUCAUCAGGAGUCGGUGUAUUACCACAAGUAGAUUGCAGUCAGCACACGACAAGUUUAGAGAAGCAGAUAGGACUACUGGCAGGGAAGUUAAGCUGUGUAAGCAGUAAACAGGGUCAGUGACGCCAACUUAAAGAAAAAAAAAGCAUAAUGUCCAUUUAAGUGUGUGCAAUAUUUAGAAUACUCUCCAGCAAUCCUUUCCUUUGGCACUACAUUUUCUUAAAUGUAGAAGUUCUGUAUUACUUUACAUAAGUGCACCAGAGUUCCAGCAGUGCAGUGCAGAUGUGUUUCAGUGGGGAUACAGAAGUUCUACUGUUGAGGAAAUUGGCCUGAGGAAUGGACUGUCUGACAGUACGGUAAAGAAGUCACAAUAUUCUAAAUGUAGUGCAGUUAUUGAUUUUUUUUUUCUUCUUUUCUUUGGUGGCUAAAAUCAAACUUUGCUGUGCACCACGUUCCCAGCAGUACACCGCUGAGCCUCCUGCCAGCAGCCCUCUCUGCUUCUCCACACUGGGACGGUUGCCAGCUGUGAUCUACAGAAGUCAAUACUUUAAAUAAGUACCUCAUGCAACACAACUUCAAAGAAACCAAACUAUCCAUUUAAGUGCACCACACUUAGAGGUGGACAGAGGAGGCUUCUGGAGGAUCUGAGAGUGAUGAAACUCAGGUGUAUCUCACCUCUCGCAACCUCAGUGGGAGGGAAGAAGCGCGAGUGAGCUAACAGAUAAUGAAAAUCACCCUGUUUCUUCACAAUUACAACAGGACUCUGCAAGAAAUGGAAUAAGCAUGUUUCUGAAAAUAUUUACAGACUAUUCCUUUAAAGUCGUGAAUGUCACCACUGCAGUCAGAUUAGUGUAGAUGACUGCGAUAAUCCCCAAUGUUAAACUGUAUAUUCAACCCUCUAAACCCAGAAUAGAUAUGUAAUACUCCAACAUCUAAGACUGUUUAGUCCCCACUCAUGUAAAUAGAAAUAUGUGGGAUGGUACAUUACAUAUGAUGUACCGAACUAUAUUUAAAGAACUCAAACUUUAGGAUGACACAAAGGGAAUUUGACCACGUAGUCAAACUCGAGGGUUAUGUUGGGCCAAGCAACAAGGAAUUUCUGUUUAAAAUUCAUCAAUAAUUUUUAACCCUAACUUCAGUUCAGUUGAUUACUUACAUCUCUGCAUAGAUACCAAACUCAUUGCGUUCACUCAGCCCACGUGCCCUCAUUCCCAAAAAAGCUUCUUUCCUGCAACCUGAUUUUUUUUUUUUAAUUUUAAUUUUUUUUGUUGUUGCCUUUUAAACGAGAGUUUGCUAUGAUGUAUCGGAGUUGAUAAUGAUAUUUGCACUUGAAUUGUUAUUGCUCAUGUAAAGAAAUGUCUGGAUUUUGUAUUGUCUUUUUAAAUGAAUGGAAUUGGUGUUCUUAUUUUCUUGUAGCUUGUUUGUUCAUGAAAUGCUCACUCACAGUUUAGUCUAUAGAGAUGAUACACAUAACAUUAUCAACUGUUAAAAAAAAUGGAAAAAAAGAAAAAAAACUUAUGUACAGAGGUGAAUGAAACAAGUUUGUACUUGUUACUGCCCAAGACACUUAUCAAAAUAAACAUACUGUACUUCA